GCCACGGUGCGUAUGGGCGAUGUGAUGCUGGGCAAGUGAAAUCCGAGACGAAAGCUCAGUCUGGGCGAAAAUUGUCAGGCAAUCGUUGGUUGAGAAUCAAAAUUAACAGAAAUAACAUAAAUUACACAUUUCGCCCAGUUCAAAAAACCGAAAAUUGCCAGUGAAAACAGAGUAACAGAAGAACAAAGGGGAUAAAAGUUCGUACUGUGUGCGUGUGAUAAAAGUUCCCCCUGUGUGCGUGCGUCUGUGAGAGUGUGUGUGCGCGCAAAAAGAAUAGAGAAAGCAAAGCAUCCCGUAGGAGUGGCACACAAAGUGUUUGCAUAACUUAUCUCGCGAUAACCACCCACCGCCCGUUGCCAAUAACUUGAUUAAAUGCCCCGAAUUCAAGGCGGAGUAGAGGGCUGAAGAAAUGGAUAUGCAGGAAGGACAUCGGUGGUGAUUUUGCAGUGUGAUUGAGGCGUGGUCGUGCUUAUCCAUAGCGGCAUGGAUUCCGCCCGGACAGCCCAGUGCGUCGUGUAUUCCGUAGUCGUUUGUGUCCUGCUUAUUAUGGUGGGCUUCCUUAUAUUUAUGGUGAAUGUGUUUGUCUUGGGCCCAGCCAUUGACAAAAUGCAAAUUCGCUUAGUAGAGAUCAAUGCGACCACCACAGUCAUGGAGCCGGUUCGCGAUUACGUCUCCGAUUGAGCUACAGGGAACUCUUCUUUCGGCCUGACAAAAAAUUGUUUUCAACCAAAAUAAAUGCAUUUUUUGUGUAUUUAUCUUUA